CCCCUCCACGGCGGAGCGAAUUUUUUUUUAAAGAUGGCGUCCAUCAUGGAAGGGCCACUCAGCAAAUGGACUAACGUCAUGAAGGGCUGGCAGUACCGGUGGUUCGUUUUGGAUUACAACGCGGGCCUUCUUUCCUACUACACGUCCAAAGACAAGAUGAUGAGGGGCUCACGUAGAGGCUGUGUGCGGCUCCGGGGUGCCGUGAUUGGCAUAGACGACGAGGACGACAGCACCUUCACCAUCACUGUUGAUCAGAAGACUUUCCACUUUCAAGCUCGUGAUGCAGAUGAGAGAGAGAAGUGGAUCCAUGCCCUAGAGGGCACUAUUCUCCGCCACACACUGCAGUUGCGGGAGGCGGAGACAGGAUUGGUUCCCAGCGUUCAAGACUUUGACAAGAAGCUUGCAGAAGCAGAUGCUUAUCUGCAGAUACUGAUUGACCAAUUGAAAAUAUUUGAUGAAAAAAUCAGAAGCUGCAAGGAUGAUGAACAGAGGCGGAAAAUUGAAGACUUAAAAGAGACUACAAGUAGCAUGGUCGAGUCAAUCAAACAUUGUAUUGUGCUGCUCCAGAUUGCUAAGGAUCAAAGUAAAGAACAGAAGCACGAGAAUGGACUUCUAAGCACUAUAAAUCCAGUGGAUGGGAUUUAUCAGCCAAGCCCUGUGGACUCUUCACUAAUCAGCACCAUGCCUACUCAAACAGGGCAACCUCCAGAUGGUACUCGGGUAUGCAAAAUUGAGCAGCGACCCUCUUCUCUGCCAGUUAGUGCUGCUGGAACAAUAAUUGGGAAUUUACAGACACCAACACCAAAUAGCACAGGUAGUGGGCAAUCGGCCCCCAGCAGCAGUGUCACGUCCCCCAGCCAUGUCAACCUGUCCUCCAAUACAGUCCCUGAUUUCUCCUAUUCUAGUAGUGAGGAUGAGUUCUAUGAUGCUGAUGAGUUUUAUCAGACAAACACAUCUCCCAGACACAGCACAGAGUCGUCUUUGAACCCAGGCCUCGUGCCACGCAGCAACACAGGAAGUAGCCUGAAACGGCCAGACACCAACGAGUCUCUCAAUUCUUCCAUGUCCAAUGGCACAACAGAAGCAGAUCAGUUCGACAGCCAUGAUGACAAAGAUGACGAUUUAGAGGGAGAGUCGGUUGAGGAGCACAAGAGUGUCAUCAUGCAUCUACUCUCCCAAGUGCGACUGGGCAUGGACCUCACCAAGGUGGUCCUCCCCACGUUUAUUCUGGAGAGAAGGUCAUUGCUGGAAAUGUACGCGGACUUCUUUGCGCAUCCUGAUCUCUUUGUCAGCAUUGCAGAUCAGAAGGAUCCCAGGGACCGCAUGGUGCAGGUUCUGAAAUGGUACCUCUCUGCCUUUCACGCAGGACGGAAGGGCUCAGUCGCUAAGAAACCCUAUAAUCCCAUCCUGGGUGAGAUCUUCCAGUGUUACUGGGACCUGCCUUCAGAGAAUGAGGAGAACAUUGAGCCCGUUUCUGAGGGGCCAGCCCCGUGGUGUGCCAAGAGCAACGUGUCAUUUGUCGCCGAGCAGGUCUCCCAUCAUCCUCCCAUUUCUGCAUUCUACGCCGAGUGCUACAGCAAGCGAAUUCAGUUCAACGCCCACAUAUGGACAAAAUCCAAGUUUUUAGGCAUGUCCAUUGGCGUGCACAACAUCGGGCAAGGGUGCGUCUCUUGCCUGGAUUACGACGAGCACUACAUUCUCACGUUCCCCAAUGGCUACGGCAGGUCAAUCCUCACUGUCCCCUGGGUGGAGCUCGGAGGCGAAUGCACCAUCUCGUGCUCCAAAACGGGUUACAGCGCCAACGUCACCUUCCACACCAAGCCCUUCUAUGGCGGUAAGAAGCACAGAAUCACGGCCGAGAUCAUUGCCCCUUCCGACAAGAAGGCCUUCUGCUGCAUUGAGGGAGAGUGGAACGGAGUGAUGUAUGCCAAGUGGGCAUCUGGGGAGAACAAUUUAUUUAUUGAUACCAAGAAGAUGGGCACAAUCAAAAAGAAAGUGAGAAAGGCCGAGGACCAGUUGGAGUACGAGUCCCGCAGACUCUGGAAAGACGUCACUCACAACUUGAAAGUAAAGGACAUCGAUGCGGCGACGGAUGCCAAACAUGCGCUGGAGGAGAAGCAGAGAGCGGAGGCCCGCGACCGCAAGGAGAAAGAGCAGCAAUGGCAGACACGGCUGUUCCGUGAGGAUGGCGAGUGCUGGGUCUAUGAUGAGCCCCUCUUAAAGCGCCUGGCAGGCAACAGACAAUAAGUGGAGAUGGACUGUAGCAAAAAAAUAAGUGGGGUAGGGGGGACCCCAAGAGUCCAAAUAUGUGCAGAGUCCUAGACCCUGGGGGGGGGGGGGGGGGGGGGGGGGCGUGAUAUCCUCUUCUCACUCCUUUUUUUUUUUUUUUGGUUUGGUUGCUCCAUCCUUGCCACAGUCUGCAUCUCAGGGAAAUCGAGGACGACAGAGGAUGGAGGGCUGGGUAACUUGCUUGCACCAAUGCGUUACUCUCAUGUUCCUUGUUCUCCCCCUCAAACCACCACUGCCCCCUUCCAGUGGGCGCCUGGCACUUGCACAGCACGAGCGCCCAAGGAAUGCAAUAGCUGGCCAGCCUGUGGGGUGCCAGUCCGGUCCGGUCGAGUCGAGUCCUCACUCACUCCUUUCUGCUGCUGAGCGAGACUUUCUUUCCUAUGUAAAAUGAUCAAAUUGAGGCCUUGCUCUCUUUAGCUUGAUGACAAAUAACAGAAACGUAUUUUUAUUUCAAAUUGUAAGCAUUGAUUGUAAGAAAUUCUCAUGUUUAUUGAUUCAGAUAUUAAAACACCAGGACUUUCAGCUUUC